AAAUACCACUCGUACCCAUACUCGUACUGGGCUGGAUGCCGAUAGGUACCGGUACCAAACAAGGAAGAUUUACAAGAACGAUACAAAAUAAUGAUGAUUUUUGUUCGUUUGGUUCUUUAAGAUCUCUUUCAAAAAGAAAUGUCGAAGAAAGAACUGUUCAAAUUACCUACAUCAAAGUACCACAAUAGCGACAGAAUAGAUCUUUUACAAUGAAGUCAAAACUGGCUUUGAUUGUUGCAAUUAACUCUGUGAUUGUAAUCUCCGAUGCGUUGACAAUAGUUCCACCAACCGGAAAAAACGUCGCCAAUCCUAGGCUGYCAAGCCUACUACCGAACCAGAUAAAGGCGUCGUCAAUCACAGAUGAAAAGGAAAGCGAUUGUACCGACACCGUGGCGUYUGGAUCGAAUCUUUUAAGACUGMGAGGAGGAGAUGGCACUCCCUUGGUGCCUCAUUCCAAGGCACUGAUUCGUGAAAUGCUCGCUGAGCUUCUUGGUACUUUCUUGAUUGUUUUCAUAGGAACCGGAUCCGUCAGCAGCGCAAUAUUUACCGAUUCUCUCGURGGUCUGUUUCAAAUCGCUUCCGUUUGGAUUAUUGCAGUAACGAUCGCAAUCUGCACUACGGCUAGUAUUUCAGGAGCUCAUCUCAAUCCUGCUGUUUCGAUUGCUUUCGCUAUGGUUAGACCAUCCAAAUCAUUCAACUGGAAAAAGGUAAGGUUCAAGUAUUCCUUUAUUUGAAUACUCAAUUUUGUCGACAAAAUAAUUCUCAACGUAUCUUUAAAUGAUUUGCAUUUCUUUAGGUAUUGCCUUAUAGCAUCUCACAAUGCUUCGGUGCAAUCUUAGGGAGCUGGCUGAAUUUCGUUGUUUACGGGAGUUCGAUCGCAGUCUUCGAGGCAAAAAAUGAAAUUAUUCGUGGUGCGGCGUCAGGCAUUGCAUCAGCAAAAGCUUUUGGAGAAUACUUUGCGUAAGUUUACAACUCUCACAGUUUGUUUUUCACUGAUUGCCCCAUCUUCUGAUUGUAUUCUGUUCAUUGUUUGCAUCUGAAAUCGUUUCUUUAGUGCCCCAGUUUCGACGAUGACGGCCUUUCUUGCAGAGAGCAUUGGGACCGCAAUUUUGGCUUUUGUCAUUUUUUCAUUGACUCAUCCGAAGAAUGAUACAAUGGAAAGCAAUUUUGUUCCACCCCUUAUCGGGUUGACUGUGGGAGGCCUCAUCGCUGUUUUUGCCCCAUUGACGCAAGCAGGUUUCAAUCCAGCACGGGAUUUUGGUCCUAGAAUUGUGGCUUGGUUUGCUGGGUGGAAAACUGUAGCAUUUAGAAGUGCGUGGUUGUAUAUCGUCGCGCCUAUCGUUGGCGCUGUUCUUGGAGCUACAUUGGCAGAUAAAGUCUUGUACGCCAAUGAUUGAUGUUUUUGAGUGCUUUUAUCUCUCAUGUUACAGUCGCGCCUCCACUGACUAGAAUUUUGAACGCACUGCACAGUGAUUUUAUAAUUGUUGAACUAAAAAAAUCUCUGCGACGGUAACAAUGAAAAAUUAUUUUUCUAGUUUUCUGAUAACACAACAUAGCAGUUCAGCUCCUUGCUCGCCCCAAAUACCUGGAAGGUAUCUUUGCUAGCAUGACCCAUAUCCAAUCCACUUUUUAAGUUUUUCAACAUCGCCUAGCCGAUAAAGUCCGUUUUCGACUGCUUGGUCAAUAAAUUCUUGAGAUGCUUCCAAUGGUGUCAGACACCACUUUUUACACAUCCAGGCACAUGCCACCCUUCCACAUCUACCCUUACCACCACUGCAAUGAGCUACGACCUUCUCUCCUCGCGCAUCAAGAUUUUGGAGAAGUGCCAUGAUAUUUUCAUAGGAGUUCGGUGAUCUGAAGGGUAUAUGAUGAACAAUCAAGCCGGAUCGACUGUAAAACUCCUUCAAGUCUACGUCAUAAACAUCAAAUUCAUUA